AUGAGUUAUAAUGUGGAUGGUGGAAAAAGGGCUUAUAGAUCACCUAUGUUCAAUUUUUUUUCAAAAAUCCUGCCUAUAUCACAUGCUGAUGCCCCCGAGAGAUGGCGUACGGCAAUGGGCGGAGCGGACCCGGCCACACCUUUCGCCGAAGCAUUGAUUAACUACCACAACCACGCUGUCAUGUAUAUGAUAUUCGUCGUUUUCACCGUCUUUCAUGCAGUACGCAAGUGA